UGAAGAUUAAAAAAAAUGGUGCAAAAUGUACAUCAACAUUUAAAGAAUAAAAAAGUUAAUAUAUUUUCACCUCUACUACAACUGCAGCUGGUUGGAGAAGCUACAGUAGAAGGCCGCGGCAGUGUAAGUUUAGGUACUGGCCGCUGGUAUCCUCACCAACUAGGAUCUCAAAUUGCUGCUACUCAUGGCUCCAGUGUUCGAGCAUGGGAUGUUCGAUCUAUGAAGUCAUCUUGGUGUGUUGAGGGGGCACACACACAGCUUGUCAGAGACCUUGACUUUAAUCCAAAUAUGCAGUACUACCUUGCUUCAUGUGGGGAUGAUUGCAAGACCAAAUUCUGGGAUAUUAGAAAUACUGAUCAGCCUCUCAAAGAACUUGGUGACCACUCUCACUGGGUUUGGAGUGUACGUUAUAAUGCUUCGUAUGACCAGUUAGUGCUCACUUGCUCCAGUGACCAGAGAGUCAUUCUAUCAAAUUUACCAUCCAUUGCUUCUCAGCCCUUUGGCACUAUGGUGGAUCAAGAAGAAAUUCCUAAGGAGGAGAAGGACAAAACCGAGGGUACGGAGGAAGGAGUUAUCCAGGUGUAUGAUGAUCAUGAAGAUUCUGUGUAUGCAGUUGAGUGGUCUGCUGCAGAUUUCUGGACAUUUGCUUCUCUUAGUUAUGAUGGCCGCCUUGUGAUAAACAAAGUGCCAAGAAGUGUUAAAUAUAAACAAUUUAUGUAGAUGUGUUAAGAGUGAUGUCACAUUAUUAGUAAAGUUUCAGUUUAUUUACUUGAUGUCAUAGGUUUUUUUUUUUACUGGCACUGCUGUUUGCUAAUUUAGCAACUGCAAUAUAUCAUAAAUGCAUGAUUAUAAAUUCACUUUUCAUUUAAUAUUAGCAUUGUCUUUAAAAUAAAUAUAUUUUAACUUUUA